AUGGAUGGAGAAGAGAGAGCAAGACAGUUUCUUCUCAGAAGUAGCAAUAGUAAGAUCUUCAUGAGCUUAAAGGACAUCAUUAAGGAGUAUGCUCUCCCAUACCUACCAGCUAAAACACUGUGCAAGUUCAAAACAGUGUGCAAGGACUGGAAACUUCACAUCUCAACUCCAUUUUUUGUUCACACUCAGUCAAAUAAUUUUCAACAGAUUUCAGGCUUCUUCUGUCAAUCCAAAUCAGACCCACCAUUUUUCGUUUCCUUACCAAACACCACCAGUACAUCCUGCUAUGGCGUCCCAGACCCAUCUCUGAGUUUUUUACCUGAGCCAGUUGAGCUCAGAGCCUCCUCCAAUGGACUACUAUGCUGCCAGGGUCAUCCCAACCUUGGAGGCUAUUACUACAUCUGCAACCCAGCCACCAAACAAUGGAAAAAGCUCCCUAAACCAACAGCUCCACAUGGCUCUGACCCUGCGCUCGCACUAGUCUUCGAGCCACAUUUGCUGAAUUUCACAGCAGAUUACAAGCUGGUGUGUGCUUUUCCUUGUGAUCGUGAUUCGAACCAAGGCUAUGAGUUCCAUAUCUACUCCUCCGCACAAGGGUCUUGGAGAGUUAGCAGUGAAAUGUAUCUUGGCAGGAAGAAGCUCUUGCCGAGAUCUGGUGUUCAUGUUAAUGGGGUCAUAUAUUGGAGAACAACAUGUUGUAGGGUUUUUCUCUUUGAUCUAGUGAAAGAGCGCACACAUUACUUAGAUGGAAAUUAUUAUGGCUAUUAUGAUGAUGACUAUGGUGGUGCGUGGAUCUUGGGCGAUAUGAAUAGACAGCUUUGUUCGGCCAAGAAUAGUGAAGAAGGGGUUGCUUUGAGUGUUUUGUCCAAUGCUUAUAGUUCAAGCAAUACCAUAGGCACUUGGACAGUGAAACGUUAUAUUAGUUUCCGCACUUUGUGUAUUGGACGUGAAAAAUCACCACCAUUUUUUAUAUUGGGAAACUUUGAUAUAAGAGUGAUUUUUAGUGAUGGAAAAUGGCUGUUGUUUACGAGGGGAACAGAGCUUUGUUUGUGGGACAUAAAAUCCAAGGAGUGUAGCAAGUUAUUGGCUGCUGGGGUUGAUUCACACACUCGUAUAGUUGCUUAUGUCAACAGCCUUGUCCAUGUUUAG